UGGUUGCCGUUGGUGAGUUUCUUUCAUUAUGGCGGAUCGGCUAACAGUGCGGAUGGACUGUCUCUCCCACUCUGAUGCCUGCUUCGUGUCUCAAAACAGGGCGUUUGAUUUUUGAUUUUUCAAACGCACCGCCGCUUUCUUCUCUGUUAGACGGCACUCGUGUAUCUCCGUGAAGUGAUGGCAGACCGCGGCGUGGAUUUGUCCGCCCUGCCAAAAGAGGUUAGGGACCAGUUGGCGGAGUUGGAUCUGGAGCUGUCUGAAGGUGACAUCACGCAGAAGGGCUAUGAGAAGAAAAGAGCCAAGCUGCUGGCCUCCUACAUCCCCCAUUUACCAAAUGUGGAUCUGUCACUGCCAGAUGUCCAGCUUUCCCCAAACCACAGUGCUGACCCUAGCCCAAGUCCUGAGGCCCCAGGCCCCUCCACCUCUUCAGCCUCCAGACACCACCGUGCACAUCGCAGCGGAGGGGCCAGGGAUGAUCGUUACAGAUCAGACAUCCACACGGAGGCUGUGCAGGCAGCACUGGCCAAGCACAAAGAGGAGAAGAUGGCGCUGCCCAUGCCGACCAAGAGACGCUCAGCCUUUGUCCAGUCUCCCAUAGAUACCUGCACACCACCAGACACAUCUUCUGCAUCAGAGGAUGAGGGUUCACUGCGCAGAAAGGCAGCUCUCAGUGCAGUGUUGGCCCAGAGCCUGCAGAGCCCUGAUUACUGGAUCAACCGUUCCGUCCAAAGCUCCUCCACGUCCUCGUCUGCAUCCUCCACCCUCUCCCAUGGAGAGCCCAAAACUCAACCACAGCCCCAACUUCAACCUGCAAUUUCCUUGUUGGCAGAUGUACUGGCCCACACACGCAUAGAAAACAGUGUCCCCCCAGAUGUGACGUCCUCCACUCCCCAGGACAGAGGGUCAAGGGUGGACCUGGCCCCAGCGGUCAGGGGCAUGAGCCGUGGACAGAGCCGCUCCAGCAUGCUGGAUACUGCUGAUGGUGUGCCUGUAAACAGCAGGGUGUCCACUAAGAUACAACAGCUGUUGAACACACUCAAACGGCCCAAAAGACCACCACUCAGUGAAUUCUUCCUUGAUGACUCUGAGGAAAUUGUAGAAGUUCCCCGGCCCGAUCCCAACACCCCAAAGCCUGAGGGACGUCAAAUCAUCCCAGUAAAAGGGGAGCCCCUUGGAGUGGUCAGUAACUGGCCUCCUGCCCUGCAGGCUGCACUGGCCCGCUGGGGAGCCACACAGGCCAAGAGUCCUGCCCUCACUGCUCUGGAUAUCACUGGCAAACCCCUCUACACACUCACAUAUGGCAAGCUAUGGAGUCGCAGUCUGAAGCUGGCCUAUACACUGCUGAACAAACUAGGCACCAAGACUGAGCCUGUCCUACAACCUGGAGAUCGGGUGGCACUGGUGUAUCCCAACAGUGACCCUGGAAUGUUCUGGGUGGCUUUCUACGGCUGCCUUUUAGCUGAGGUCAUCCCUGUGCCCAUUGAAGUACCACUGUCACGACAGGAUGCUGGCAGCCAGCAGAUUGGCUUCCUGCUGGGCAGCUGUGGUGUUAGUUUGGCACUGACCAGUGAGGUGUGUCUCAAAGGGCUGCCCAAGACACCGAACGGAGAGAUCAUCCAGUUCAAAGGUUGGCCAAGGAUGAAAUGGGUAGUGACAGACACCAAGUACCUGACCAAACCGUCCAAAGACUGGCAGCCUCACAUCCCCACCGCCAACACAGACGCCGCAUACAUUGAGUACAAAGCGAGUAAGGAGGGAACAGUGAUGGGAGUUGCUGUGUCCAAGAUCUCAAUGCUGACCCACUGUCAAGCCCUGACCCAGGCGUGUAACUACUGUGAAGGGGAGACACUAGUCAAUGUGUUGGACUGUAAGAAGGACAUGGGCUUGUGGCAUGGCGUUUUAACGAGUGUCAUGAACAGAAUCCACACCAUCACAGUGCCAUAUGCUGUGAUGAAAGCCUGUCCGAUGUCCUGGGUGCAGAGGGUCCACAUUCACAAAGCACGUGUGGCCUUGGUAAAGUGCCGUGACCUCCACUGGGCCAUGAUGGCCCACAAGGACCAGAGAGACACCAACCUGUCCUCUAUACGUAUGCUUAUUGUGGCAGAUGGAGCAAACCCAUGGUCUGUGUCUUCGUGUGACGCCUUUCUGAAUGUGUUCCAGUCUCAUGGUCUGAAGCCUGAGGUCAUUUGUCCAUGUGCCACGUCACCUGAGGCCUUGACUGUGGCCAUACGCAGGCCUGGUGCACGAGGAGCUCCGCUGCCUGCCAGGGCCAUCCUGUCCAUGGGCGGGCUAAGCCACAGUGUGAUCAGAGUGAACACAGAGGACAAAAACUCUGCUCUCACUGUUCAGGAUGUGGGCCAUAUUAUGCCUGGAGCUCUGAUGUGCAUUGUGAAACCAGACGGGCCUCCUCAGCUGUGCAAGACGGAUGAAAUAGGAGAGAUUGUGAUCAACUCACGGGCUGGAGGCACCAUGUACUAUGGUCUGCCUGGAGUCACCAAAAACACAUUUGAGGUGAUCCCUGUUAACCAAGCUGGAGCACCCAUUGGAGAAAUUCCCUUUAGUCGGACUGGUCUGCUUGGAUUUGUUGGACCGGGAAGUCUGGUGUUUGUUGUGGGGAAGAUUGAGGGGCUGCUGCUGGUGAGCGGGCGCCGCCACAAUGCGGAUGACCUGGUGGCUACCGCACUUGCAGUGGAGCCUGUCAAAACUGUUUACAGGGGGAGGAUCGCUGUGUUUUCAGUGACAGUAUUUUAUGAUGAGAGGAUAGUGAUUGUGGCAGAGCAGAGGCCUGAUGCCAGUGAGGAGGACAGCUUCCAGUGGAUGAGUCGAGUACUGCAGGCCAUUGACAGUAUUCACCAGGUCGGCCUGUACUGCCUCGCCCUCGUCCCAGCCAACACCCUCCCCAAGACGCCACUUGGUGGUAUCCACAUCUGUGAAACCAAGCAGAACUUUCUGGAAGGAAACCUGCAUCCCUGUAAUAUCCUCAUGUGCCCACACACCUGUGUUACCAAUAUGCCUAAACCACGACAGAAACAGCCAGUGGAUGUGGGUCCAGCUUCUAUGUUGGUUGGUAACUUGGUGGCAGGGAAACGGAUCGCUCAGGCUACAGGCAGAGAGCUGGGCGUGGUGGAGGACCAGGACCUGAUGCGAAAGCAUCAGUUCUUGUCUGAGGCGCUGCAGUGGCGAGCCCAAACCGACCCAGACCACGUGCUGUAUGUGCUGCUCAAUGCCAAGGGGGUAGCAGUGUGCACAGCCACUUGUGCUCAACUACACAAGAGAGCUGAAAAAAUCACAGCCACCUUAAUGGAGAGAGGAGGCCUCAACACAGGAGACAAUGUAGUGCUGCUUUAUCCCCCAGGUAUCGACCUGAUAGCUGCCUUCUAUGGCUGUCUCUAUGCGGGCGUUAUUCCUGUUACAGUGAGGCCGCCACACCCACAGAACCUGGCUGCUACUCUGCCCACUGUCCGCAUGAUCAUCGAUGUGAGCAAAGCAGCCUGCAUCCUCACCACCCAGCCUCUUAUGAGGAUCCUCAGGUCCAGGGAAGCUGCUGCCAGUGUCAAUGUGAAGACAUGGCCCACUAUCAUUGAUACAGAUGAUCUUCCCAGGAAGCGGCCUCCGCACAUCUAUAAACCUCCCACAGCGGAGAUGUUGGCCUAUCUGGACUUCAGUGUGUCCACCACGGGCAUGUUGACUGGAGUUAAGAUGUCUCACGCCGCAAUCAGUACCCUGUGCCGCUCCAUCAAGCUGCAGUGUGAACUUUACUCCUCACGCCAAAUAGCCAUCUGUCUGGACCCAUACUGUGGCCUGGGCUUCGUCCUUUGGUGCCUCUCCAGUGUUUACUCAGGUCACCAGUCCAUCCUUAUCCCUCCACUGGAGCUGGAGAGUUCACUGCCUCUGUGGCUGAGCACGCUCAGUCAGUACAAGAUCAGAGACACCUUCUGCUCUUACUCUGUCAUGGAGCUCUGCACCAAAGGCCUCGGCACCCAGACAGAGAUGCUGAAGGCGAGGGGUCUGAAUCUGUCAUGUGUGCGGAGCUGUGUGGUGAUAGCAGAGGAGCGGCCUCGUCUGUCUCUUACACAGUCCUUCUCCAAGCUCUUCAAAGACCUCGGCCUGUCGUCGCGCGCCGUUAGCACUGCUUUUGGCUCCAGGGUCAACCUGGCCAUUGGUCUGCAGGGCACAGCUGGACCAGACCCCUCCACUGUCUAUGUUGACAUGAAGUCUCUGCGUCAUGACAGGGUGAGGCUAGUGGAGCGAGGAGCGCCACAGAGUCUUCCACUCAUGGAGUCGGGCACUAUUUUACCGGGAGUGAGGGUCAUCAUCAUCAACCCAGAGACCAGAGGCCCAUUGGGAGAUUCACAUCUUGGAGAGAUCUGGGUGAACAGUCCUCAUAGCGCUAGUGGCUACUACACCAUAUAUGGGGAAGAGAGCCUGCAGGCGGAUCAUUUCAACACCAGACUCAGCUUUGGGGAACCCAACACCCUGUGGGCCAGGACGGGCUACCUGGGCUUCAUCAAGAGGACUGAGCUGCUAGAUGCAAGUGGAGAUCGUCACGAUGCCUUGUUUGUGGUCGGCUCUCUUGAUGAAACGUUGGAAUUGAGGGGGUUGCGUUAUCACCCCAUCGACAUUGAGACAUCUGUGUCCCGAGCCCAUCGCAGCAUCGCAGAAAGCGCCGUGUUUACAUGGACCAACCUGCUGGUGGUGGUGGCGGAGCUGAGCGGUUCAGAGCAGGAGGCCUUGGACCUGGUACCCCUUGUCACCAACGUGGUGCUGGAGGAACAUCACCUCAUUGUCGGGGUGGUGGUCAUCGUGGACCCCGGUGUGAUCCCCAUCAACUCCAGAGGAGAGAAACAAAGGAUGCACCUGCGAGACUCCUUCCUGGCAGACCAACUGGACCCCAUCUAUGUGGCCUACAACAUGUGAACACCUUCCACCAACCGAUGCAGGAAACUGAGCCGGGGUCUGAGGACAGACGUGAGGGAUAAAGCAUUGGGGGGUGCGUUCAGUGGCAACCCCCCCUUGGUGUUCACCUCAAAACACUGAACAAUUUGGGAAUGCAAGCACAGUACCAGCGAUUGAUUGCACUUCCCUCUCAGAAACUGUUCUUCUUUGCUUCCACCUGCUCAACCACUUCAGUCAAGGUUCACUGAGAUUUCUCUCGUCUUAAGAGUAGACACAUCCGUCACCUGGAGGCAAUAUGCUCUUCAUCGUCUCUGUGCGUCCUUCAUCACCUUCGUCUCAAUUUCAUGUUUUUACAUUUUUAAUUACUUCCUUUCAUCAAAGAACAAAAUCUACCCUCCUUCCAUUCCUUGGUUUUUAUCCUUUUUAUUAUUUUUUUUUUUAACCCACUCGCUUCUUGAUGGCAGGAUGGUGAACUGGAACUGCUGAGAGGAGCUGGAACUUCCCCCCUUACACUUUUUAAGUCUUCGCACCUCUGAGUCCACCUUCUGUCUCACCUGCCUCAAGAGGACACCCACAUGUCCAGCAAAUCCACAUCAGUAUUAACAAGUGCCACCAGGAAGUGCAGCUCACAGAGAGAGCCUUCCUACCAGGUGCACUGUGGCUUUCACCUCCCGUCAAACACCGUCUUUGUCAGCAGACAUCAUCGCAUCAUCUCCUAAAACAUACACUUGAAUAAUAUGUUGGUGCAGGAAAAAACUCUUCAUAAACUUAUAGUAAAGAUAAUAAAAAAAAAACCACACAUUUCCAGUGUAAGUAGGAGUCCAUCCAUGACAUCAUCAUUUUGAUUCUGACAGUACUAAAUUCAAGAAGAAAAUCAAAGUUGCAGUGAAAACUUUUGAAGCUUUGCCUGUUGUUUUUAAGUGUGCGCGCUGAUUUGAAGGUUUGAUCGGCCAAAAACAGCAAAACGAAAAAAAGGUGCUGGAUCAGCAGUGAAUCGGAUGCUUUUGCUUUGCUCUUGCUGAACAUUUAGACUGCACUUAACCUCUAUUUGUGCCUUUCAUGUUUUAGCAAUGCAUGCGAGGCAAAAUAAUAAGCAUCUAGAAGGUUUGCUUGGAAGGUUUCUCUGAGUCUCCCCUCACCCAGGUAAUUAAAUACUCAGUUCAGGUUAAAAAAACAAACAAAAAAAAACAUUUUUAACCAUUUCCCUUUGAUUGUAUUCAUGAAUCCAGGUCGUUGGACAUGAUAUGCUGUAUAUCCAUGUUCUUUGUGUAUCACACAAGUAAAAUAUUAACAGGUUGAUUUGUAUGAAAAUACAAAGUAAAAGAAAAAAAAAAAGCACGAUUUUUGAGCAAAAACAUCUUUGUUUGGAUACAUAAAUGCACUGGCUAGCUGUUUUUUCUCUAAUUUCUGUGAAUACACAGAAUAUUAAGUGGCAAAUGUUGAACCAUUUCUUUAAAAAAAACUUGGGUCAGGUUUUUGUUUGGUCACAAAAUCAGGUGCUUAGUUCAAAUGAAAUGUCAAUACACGGGGGCAGGACUGGCUGUAAUGACGGCAGCAGCCAGAGAAACUGAACUCGAGGUCAACUUCACAUAACGUGCAAUGCCGGUGAGCUUUCAAAACGUCUCAGAUUAGAGGAACGUUGGAUUAUAUUCUAGUCGAGAUGACAUUUGAGCCGAUGAAGACUGUGUAAUAUGAUUGAAAACAAAGUAGCAGGUCAGAGUUCCACGGGAUAAUGAACUGACACUAGCAGCUGGCUUUUAGUCUGUGUGUAGUUUCCCACCAUCUGUCUUUUAAUGUGAUUAGAUAAAUGUAAGUGAUCAGACGGCAGGUCAGAGACUUUACGACUGCAGCCAUUUAUGGUUAUGGUCUAAUGAAUAAACAAAAAAAUAAGCAAAAUCAAGCAUGAGUACACACUGAACCAGGUGCUAGUUUAUAACGCAAAAACUCUCACAUCAUUUAUUUGUUUUUGUAGAGGACAACACGAGGGGGUGUCUUCGUCUUUUCCAGUUUGAGUCAUGCCUUUUUCAUUUCACCAUCACCCUUUAAUUAAGUCUCUCUGAAUGUCAAUAACACUGAGUAGAAAUUGAGAAUGAACAGUAAUCAGUAAGCAAUUUGUGAUUUUAAUUGGCAGAGUCCUCCUUUUAUUUUCCUUUUUUAUUUAAAAAUGAGGCGAUAAAUGAGGGUAUGGAUGUUUGUCUGUUUACUGCAUUUUAGAGGUCAAAUACUGUUUUACUGGUGUUCAUGUGUAGAUGGAAAUGAACUUUGUCAAUUUGAACAAAAACUUGACUGAUCUUUUCAUACUUGACUGUAUUGUUAAUUUAAUAGUAUCACUUUGCAAAAGAGGAAAAGAAAGAAAGAAAGGAAGAAAGAAAACAAAAAAGGUUUUGGAUUAUUUUUGGCAGGAACAAUGUGCACUUUCCCAAUAUCAUUUGUAUGUGUGUGUGUGUGUGUGUGUGUGCGUGUGCGUGUGCAUUCAGGAGCGGAGUGUGUCAAGUGUGUAUGUCCAGUUUAAUAGUUAUAUUUUGUUUUUCUGGUGCAACAAGGUUUGUCUUUGUAAGAAAGUGAUACCAGAAUAUUAAACCAUUUUAUAAUUUCUUCUUUUUUUUUUUGUUACGUCGCCUCCACUGUAUUUUUAGGUCUCUCCAUCCAAUUUGGAAUUGAAUAUAUAUAUAUAUAUAUAAUCUGGGUUCCAUCAAUAUCUUCCUUUCUUUGAAAGAGCACAACGUCUGCAAGCGGCUGGUUUGGAUUGGAAGCAGCUUGACUUAGUAGAGCACAUCGAUAAAACCACUCUCCAUUCAGUGACGGACACUGACGACGUGCGAGCGAACCCGUAUCUGAGGCGAGUGAGAAUUACAAACUGAAGCUUCUGAGCUACUGUGUAAUAAACGCUUUGUUGCUACUGUUUCACUCCGACAAGGUUUAAUAAAGUUUUAUAAUUUCCUUUUUGCCCUUCAAGCCUUUUCAAUAGACAUCGGUGCUAUUCAAUAAGGGAAAGCUGACAGACUUUUGUCCUCCAAUGUCGCCGCACGUCUCGUCCUGGAUGCCAUUGUUGCGUGAAAAUAAGUCGUUAUUAUUUUCACGUCAUAAUCUUCAGUUUCAGUUGCCGUUAUUGUGUACAUUUUUCCCAUGUCACCAUGUCUCUCGACAGGCAACUCCACGAGGACAACACAAGUCAGCUUCCUGUUUUCGGGGGUCAUGUUGUGUACAUUUCAAACCUCCAAAGUUCUUCUAAGCACAAAAUGCAAAUGUACAUGUGAGGUAAUGAAAUUAGGAUCUUUCACACGAAAAGAAAAAAAAAAAAAGUCACAAAAACUCAAGGGCCCACAAUGUAUACCUCAACAACUGUCUGUUCACUAUGCAUCGUCGAGCUGCAGCAAAGACAUUCUGAACUAGUCAAUGGUGCGAUAACUUGUAAUAUGUUACUUACUUGGCAAGAACACUGUCACUCUGUCAUUGGAUGUGUUUCAUGUCAAAUAAAAAAAACAAAUGCUUUGUCA